AUGUACGGAUCACAUUUUGGCUCCAGUUCUUCUGGUCCGCCAGCUUCAAAUUCAUCCCAGCCGGAAUGGCGUUUACCUGCGACUGCUCAACCUUCGCAGUCCUCAUGGCCCCCGGCUCCUCCCCCUCCUCCUUCGGCGACAGUUUCACCACCUCCCUCAUAUCAUCCGAAUACGUAUGGAUAUAUCUCCAGUCCGCCGCCUGUAACAAGCGGGUCGCCAGGGCCAGGUACUGCGGGGAGACCGGACACAAGCUCGUGGGGCGUCAGAUAUAAUCGGCAGCAACACGUUCAAUCCCCGCCGCCGCUACCUCCUCGACCUACAAGUGCUUUGGAGCAGCAACAGUAUCAUCAUGCGGCUCUACAGUCCCCAACUGUGGGCUCCACUGAUGCCCACAAGCCACUUCCAGCUACUCCAAAUUACGGAAGUCAGCCUACUCCAUUUCAAAAUGCACCGCAAUGGUCCACUGGUGCCUCAUAUACGUCCCAGCCGGUUGCCGCGCCAUUACCGCCCCCUCCACCACCUCCCCCGCCUCCGAUCCCUCCUGAUUAUCAGAAUCAGCUGGGAGCGAUGAGCAAUCAGACAUGGCAGCAGCCACAUCCUCCUUCGUACUCCGAUCUUGCGCCAAGUCAGCAGCUAUCUAGUGUACCGUAUUACUCAGGAACUUCUGGCGUGCCAGCAGCCAAUAUGGCUGUAUCAGGGACCAUGAGCCUCCCUCCACCAACUGUAAUGCAGCAUUCUCCUCUUAUGGAACGCCCGCUGCCUCAGGCUCCGUUCAGCCAGCUCAAUCCGAUCUCUACUGUAUCAACUUAUACGUCAAAUGCGCCGCCAGUUAGUGCUCCGCCAGUCCCGCCCAAGACUGGUCCCAAUGUGUUCCCGGCCCAUGCCUCCAAUCUAGGGCCAGUCAGUCCUUCCGACUGGGAGCACUUGGCGCCAUUUCCGAGUGAGGUUGAUGACGUGGGAAUCUUCAGUCACAAACAGAAUCAAGUGAUAAACACCUCCGCUUUAUCAGACUCACGGUUGGAUAAUACUAUUCCCUUUUCUAGCGAACAGGACACCCAGUCAGCAGCGGCCAUCCUGCCAACGCAAACCCUGCCGUCUGCGCAGCCUGCUCGGGUGCAACCACAGCUCUCGCACCAACAAUAUGCCGGUGGUUCGCCUAUAAGUCCUAGCACUACACCGGAGAUUCGUGACCAUUCCCGUCCGGCCAGGGUGGACAGCGUUGACACCAAAUACAGCGUCAUCUCAGCGGCUGAAACAUCUGAAAACAUCGAUGGCGUCAUUGAGGCUUGGAACCAACCGAUCUCUUCACAAGGCAAAACUACUCUUGAACACGCCCAGACGAAUUUACCUUCAGCGUCUGAUCGGCAGUCUCCGGCGUUGGACCAUAAUCAAGUGGAGACCCCGGAGCUAAAUCAGGGGUUCAAGGUUCGCCGAAAAGAGGUAGGAUCUAGGGCAAGCACUCCUGCGCCAACCAGUACAACGAGUGAAUCUCCCGCGAAACCUGGUACAGCAAGCCCGCAACCCAAACCACAAGACCCCUUUGAGGACCUGGAUCCUUGGUCUAAAUCUUCGUUGGCGCGCUAUAUAGCGAUGCUUCGAAAGGAGGAAGUGGCCGACUCUGAUGCGGAGCGCUUUAAAAUCUUCACAACUUUCAUGGGCAAGGAAACAAAGCUGCGUGAGAUCUUGUAUAGCCUCGAGACCGAGCAGGAAAGUGACAAAGCGGCAUCAUCGCAGGCACUGCCGAAAACAAAAGUCUCCCCUCCUGUUGAUUCAGGCUUGAUCCCGGUCGAGUCAGAAGGAGACUAUUUUGCUUCCACCUAUGCUGUGGAAGAUGCGGAAGGUGAUAGUUACAGUCCAGGAGGGCGUCCCGUCCUUCCCAGACUGCAUACACCGCACCCAUCGAGCCUACACAGGUCAGCUUCACAGCCAAAUGUAUUCAAAGGAAAAGUGAGCAAAGAUCCGUCAAUCAAAUCAGAGACGCCAUUCUCUCGGUCUACAUCCGUUCCGCCAUCUAUGAAUGACAAGGUAUAUUCCCCCGUGGAAACCAACCCUCCGCAGCCGAUAUAUAUUCCUUUCCGCUAUACUGAGGGGCCCCAACGAGGCUCCGAAAAUCUCUCAUUUGCCCGACCCGCGUAUCAGGCAUAUUCUGCCUUGCGCCAGGCGUCCGCGGAAAGUAGACGUGUCAUGUCCAAUGCACCCAAGGCAGAAGUUAGAAACAGAUCAGGCACUGUAACCUCGUCGGUUGCUCAGAGUGACUAUGAAGAAACUUUCAUCGGUCUCAUCCGGGAGAAGAGCGUUGCUUACCGGAAUAAGAGCUCUCGGAGGAAAUCUUCGCCCCCACCACUGCCAGCGUCUCUGAGACAAGGCAAGGCUGAUAAUCCAAUUGCCGAGCUACGGUCUAUGAUUUCAUCGCCGCUAGCCCGGCAGUCGGGAGAUGCAUGGCACGUAACGACCGGAAAUGAUAUUGAGAAGUAUACGAACGAUUUCAGCUAUAUCCGCGAGGCUGUGAACAGGUGGGAGACUGCCGCCGCAACCCGGCGCGCAGAUACAGACAAGGAGCGUAUGCGACGGCAGGAAGAGUCGGAAACACACAUUGAUGCGCUUUUCAAUGAGAAAGAGAUCGGCUAUGCCGACAUCAAUGUUCUGGAAGAAGAGUUUCGCCAGACGGAAGCUCGCGUCCAGCUAGACGAGGAGAGACAGGAGCUGGACAAUUUCGUUGCCGACGUUUUUGAUCCGCUCGAUGAACGCUUAAAGAAAGAAAUUUCGGGGCUACAGGAUCAUUACGAGUCUGCCCUUUCUCGACUGGACCAUGAGAACAACAUGACCAAGGAUUCAAUGAGUGACAGGCACAACCUAUCCCAGAUGAUGAAAGUGGUGAACGAUAUCUAUCAUAAACUGGAAGUACGGUAUCAGAAGCGCCUUGAGAUUGCUCUGGAUCGGGAGCGUCGGCGCAAGAAGACGGAACGGCGCCCGCUUGUUUUCAUGGGAGACUCGGCUGCUCUGAAAAAGCUCGAUGGCGAAUUUGACCAGAUGGAGAGGCGAAACAUCCUCGAAGCGGCGAAGGAGCGCGAUGAUCGGGCAAACAGGCUCAUGGACUCUUUUGACAAUGCGAUCAUACUCGGACUGGGCGAGAAUCAGAGUCUCUUGGAUGAAGUCACCGGCAAGAUUAUGCGGAUUGAUUCUGCGAUCAUUCAGUCAUCGGGGCUGGCAGCUUCUGAGGUCGAGCAGUUGUUGAAGUCGGUCUUUACUCUUGUUGAAUCUGUGCGUCGGGAUACGGAAUCCAUUCUGCACAACUUUGGUGUAGCCGACACGGCCCUCAACAACGCCGACUACAGCCUUUCAGUGGCUGAGGCUCGAUACUCGAACGCCGAUCCUGAGAUAUUCCGCAAACUCGACGAUGAGAAAAAGAAAGAGGACGCGAAGAUUCAGCGCGAGCUGUGCGCGAAAUUGGAGAGCGUGCGUGUCAGUCCAUCCAAGAUUGUCACCCAGAUCAACGGUCUUCUCAAAUCCUUGGGUAAAACACCAGUGGUAGAGCAACCGGCCACUUCUGAUGACAUUCCCGCCGUUCACCCCGUUGAUGUUCUGUUACCGGGCCCUCGUCCGCCUACAGUGAAUACCAGCCGACCCAGUUCGGAUGGGGCUCCUAAACACCAGGAGCGACUUCGCAAAGCUUUGGAAGACGCGAAGAAGAGGAACGCAGCGAGAACCAGUGCAUGA